AUGGACUUUUUAAAAGAUUUUGAGAUUACUUCUAAUAAAGCACCUUCGGCAACUACUUAUUUGCCAGGYUGCUYRCGAGAGUCAAAUUCAGCUUCAUCUUCGGCURAGUUUGACAUCAAUGAACGAGUGCAAGCUGCURAAAUUCGAUUCGCGACAUUUUUUGCCRAGCACAAUAUCCCCUUGUUGAUUGYUCCAGAAAUGUUGAACUUAAUUAAGUCUAUCGGUAAGGAGCCUGCUGUUUUGCAGGCGAUGACGAUGGGMAAGACCAAAGUCACUAAUAUUAUAAAUAARGUCGUUAGUGUUAGAGAAACGCAGCGAAUAAAAAAUAUUUUAAUAAAAAGUAAAUUUUSGGUUCACGUUGACGAGACGUCCGACAUUACAAACGACAAAUGGAUGUCGCUGAURGUUCGUUAUGUGRAGCYAAUUACUUUGAUGAUUAGGACGGAGUUGUUGACGAUGAUUCAUGUAAAUACAACUGACUGUUCUGCCAAGGAACUUUUCAAAGCAUUUGAAGAUGAAUUGACAAAGCAACAGAUUCCCUUAAAUCAAAUAAAUUGGCCUCACAUGUGA